AUGUCUUUAAGUAUAUAUGGAAAUAGAGAAAGUGGCCAAGAUGUAAGAACAGCAAAUGUUACUGCCGUUCAAGCAUUGUCAAAUAUAUUGAAAUCUAGUUUGGGUCCACAAGGAUUAGAUAAAAUGUUAGUGGAUAAUAUAGGAGAUGUUACAAUAACAAAUGAUGGUGCAACAAUAUUAAAACAAUUAGAAGUUCAACAUCCUGCCGCUAAAAUUUUAGUGAAUUUAUCUGAAUUACAAGAUCAAGAAGUUGGAGAUGGAACUACUUCAGUAGUUUUGUUAGCUUCUGAAUUAUUAAGGAGAGGAAAUGAAUUAAUUAAAAUGGAUAUUCACCCAACAACUGUCAUAUGUGGUUAUAAAUUAGCAAUGAAAGAAUCAGUUAAGUAUAUAAAGGAGAAAUUAAGUGAAAAAGUAAAUAACUUAGGAAAAGAUGUAAUUAUAAAUAUAGCAAAAACUACCUUAUCUUCUAAAUUUAUUAGUUAUGAAUCAGAAUAUUUUGCCAAAAUGGUAGCUAAUGCUAUACAAUCUGUGAAAAUUAUUAAUGAAGCAGGUAAAGUAAAAUAUCCAGUUUCAUCAGUUAAUGUUAUAAAAGUGCAUGGCUUGAGCUCAUUAGAUUCAAAGUUAAUUGAUGGAUAUGCAAUUAUGAGUGGUAGAGCAUCACAAUCAAUGCCAUCUGCUAUUAAAAAUGCCAAAAUUGCAUUUCUUGAUUUUCCAUUGAAACAAUAUAGAUUACAUUUAGGAGUUCAGGUAAAUAUAAAUGAUCCAACAGAAUUAGAAAAGAUAAGACAAAGAGAAAAAGAUAUAACAAAGGAAAGAGUUAAUAAAAUAUUAGAAUCAGGUGCAAAUGUUAUAUUAACUACUCAAGGUAUAGAUGACAUGCCACUGAAAUAUUUCGUAGAAGCUGGAGCUAUAGCAGUUAGAAGAGUAAACAAGGACGAUUUAAGAAGAAUAGCAAAAUUAACAAAUGGUCAAAUACGUUUGACAUUAUCUUCUAUUGAUGGUACAGAAAAAUUUGAAGCUUCUUCUUUAGGAUACUGCGAUGAGGUAUAUGAAGAAAAAGUUGGUGAUUGGGAUCUCAUGUUUUUUAAAGGAUGUAAAACAUCCAAAUGUAACACAAUAUUAUUAAGAGGAGCUAAUGACUUUGUUUUAGAUGAAAUGAAAAGAUCUAUUCAUGAUUCCUUAUGUUCAGUUAGUAGAGCAUUAGAAAGUAAUUAUGUAGUAGUAGGUGGGGGUUGUGUUGAAGUUGCUUUAUCAGUUUAUCUCGAAGACUUUGCUAAAACAUUAGGCUCAAGGGAGCAACUAGCUAUUGCAGAAUUUGCUGAAUCCUUAUUAGUAAUACCCAAAAUUUUAGCUUUAAAUGCUUCAUAUGAUUCUAUUGAUUUAGUUUGUAAGCUGCGUGCAUAUCAUACAAAAUCUCAAGUAAUGAAUACAGAAGAUUCAAAAGAUUAUAAAUGGUAUGGAUUAGAUUUAGUUAAUGGAAAAGUAGCUAAUAAUUUGAAAAAUGGAGUAUUAGAAGCUAUGAUUAGUAAAAUUAAGUCUAUCAGAUUUGCAACAGAAGCAACAAUUACCAUUUUAAGAAUUGAUGAUCUCAUUAAAUUAUCUCCAGAGGAACGUAAAGAGGAACAAAACUAA